UUGACACUCUCCACUCGUUCUUUACUAGUGGUUAGUAGCAGUAACGCUCUAUAUUUAGACACACUGUUAUAUUUACUGGAUUCCUGAAUCCCCCCCUGUAUAUAUAUCUGAAUGUUGACUGUAAGACGAUUCGUACGAUGGUACAGCCCUGUAAGGUGAUUGAGAAUUACUCCAGAGAGUAGUAUGUUACUAUGCGGUCUUCUUACAAGUUUGAAUCUUGACGUGUCUGAAUCAUUGGGAAAAGCAUUAAAAAGGGGGAACGCAGUUAUAAGUAAGUACCUGGUACUAACCGGUACGCAGCCUUCUUCCGAAUGCACCGAUAUUUAUUUAGGUUUUGACUGGUAUAAAAGUAAUCACGCUUCGUCGAAACCGCUUGGCGGCUUGGACCGCAUGACGGCAUGCUCACAAUGCUCACCCGCCGGUCGUGUAUCAUACAACCACGCUGCGUUGUUUUUUCCAAAUUUGUUGGGAGCUUCCACAAAUCGUGUAGCUGAAGCCAAAAGCAACAACACUCCCAAAACAACAAAGGCAACGAAUCGAAUCCACUAUUGACUGGAAGCUAACGAGAGUAAGAGGACUGCAAGAUGACGAAAACCGAGAAUGGCAAUGGCGGUGCUGUCUCCCUCAAUGGAAAGACAAAACUUUCCACGGUAACAACUAUUGCAACCAACACCAGCAGAGAUGACACCAAUAGCAAUAGCAAUAGCAACAGCCUCACCUUUGACACACACAAGAUCACGCACAAGACCACACACAUCGCCCCUUCAUCUUCAUGGUCUGAAUCUGAUCUCACCUUUUCCCAGCGUUGGACACGUGCCAUUGAUUCAGUGAGAAUCCGCCUUUGCGGAUUCCUCAAAAUCAUUACUCACUCCGCCGCCACUCAUCCUUGGACUUACGUGAUUGGCAUUACAAUCCUCAGUAUUGGAUUAGUUGCUGCGGGACUCUUCACCAACUUUGAAUUGGAAACCAAUGGAGAUGUUUUGUGGCCUCCUAAGGGAUCCACCACCAAGCAGCAUCAAAACUGGAUCGAGAAUGAAAGCAGAUUUGCACAGGAACUAGACUAUAGUGUCAUUUACGUUCACCUAGAUGGGGCCAAUCUUCAAGAAGAUGCACUACAAGCCGUCACUCGAGCCUUUGAAGUGCGCGACAUGGUACAAGCAUUGCCAGGCUUCACUGACAUUUGCGACAGCCCAUACACGGACCCUGUCACCAACGUUACCAUGGAAUGCUUCCACCAUGGAGUCGUAGACUUUUGGUGGCAAUCAAAAAAACUAUUCCAACUUUCCGUGGAUUCAAAUGAUGAAGCCAUUGUUGGCAUGUCCGAUAAUCAAUUCCCUUACGGAAGGGAUGUCGAUGCUAAUCGCAUUUACGGAAAUGGCAAAUACGACGAAGCCGGCCUAUUGACGCACGCAGAGGGGUACCGCAUUGACAUGCUAUUUCCCCUUCGAGACGAAUCCAAACAGUUCUUGUCAGAUCAAGUCGUUGACGCAGUCUUCCAAUUGCAAGAACAAUGGGACGCUCAAGACCUCAACAGUCCCUACAAGUAUCAUCUCGAAGUACUCGCAUCCACAUCAUUUGACGACGAAUUCGACCGAGCCGUCGUAAACGAUCUACCACUCAUGCCGGCUGCUUUCAUUGUCAUGAGCAUUUUCUGUUGCAUCGUUUUUGCACGAUGGGAUCGAGUCAGGUCACAAUCAUUGCUCGGAUUCGGGGCCGUUGUGGGGGUACUUUUCUCCAUCUUUACAUCCUACGGAAUAUUCUUCCUCGCGGGUGUACCAUUGACAUCUGCCACACAAAUCGUUGUCUUUGUCAUGUUUGGAAUUGGUCUCGAUGAUGCAUUCAUCAUUUCCGGAUCCUACAGUCGCACCGACCCCAAAAAAGAUCCUGUCGAACGAGUGGCAGAUACCAUUGACGACAUUGGUUUGUCCAUUGCUCUCACCACAUUGACGUCUUCCUUGGCCUUUGGCCUGGGAUGCAUAAGCAGUAUUACCGCCGUAAAAUGGCUCUGUCUCUAUGCAUUCCCUACCAUCAUUAUCGACUUUCUAUACCAAAUCACAUUCUUUAUCAGUCUCAUUGUCAUUGACGAACGACGCAUGCAACGCAAUAAAAUUGAUUGCCUCGUCUGCAUUGACGCUGGAAACAAAUACAAGGAAAACCAAAACCAACUCGACAAUCAAGAAGACCAAGACAACAGCGACAAAGACAAACCUGAACAACAACAACAACAACAGCUCGCUGAAAAGCCCAGCUUGUCAUCUCGCUUCAUGGAUAUGUAUGCCUGCUUCUUGUUGCGGCCUUUUGUCAAGGGGAUUGUCUUGUUGGCAUUCACAGCUCUACUCGGAGCUUGCAUCUACGGAACUACACAGCUGCGACAAGAGAUGGAUUUUAUUGAUCUCGUCCCGUCGGAUUCAUAUGUCAAAGACUAUUUUGAUUUCCAGGAUGCACACAGUCCCAGCGUAGGCAUUGGUGCCGAAGUAUACUUUCGAUUUGUGGACCAAUCCGACCCUGUGAUUCGACAAGAAAUGAAAGACUAUUUGCAAGACUUGGAACAAAACGACUGUAUCCAAAAGGAUCCUUCCUAUAUAUGGAUGAACGACUUUGACAUGUUUGUGGCCAAAGAAUUGGAAUUGAACAGCAACAAUGCAACUUCUCUGACGUUUAAUCAACAACUGGACGCUUUCUUGGAGGAUCCCCUGUACAAUAGUCUCUACAAGAACCAUAUUGUGCGGGACCAGAUAUCCGGCAACAUUACCUCAUCACGCGUUGAGGUGUACAUGGAUCUAGAAUUGGGAGACUCGAGGUUUCUGCAGGAGCGCCUCAAAUUGAUCCGACAAGUCGAAGGAGAACAACCCAUGAAUCAGGGAUUGGCUGGCCCUGACCAGAGAUGCUUCAUCUUUGAAGACACCAUGAAUAUGUGGGAGUUCUAUGCGGUUGUGCCGGAGGAAUUGACAUUUACCACUGUGGUGAGUGUGGUUGCCGUGAGCAUUAUUGGGCUGGUCUUUAUCCCGCACUGGACGGCAAUCUUCUUUGUCAUCCCAUCGAUUGUGACGGUCUACAUUGACCUCCUGGGUCUGCUGUACUUUAUGGGUGUUACCGUCAACCCCGUGAGCUACAUUACCUUGGUGAUGAGCGUUGGUCUCUUGGUCGACUUUGUCAUGCACAUUCUAUUGCGGUACUACGAGUGCCACGGAACCCGAGAGGAGCGUGUGAAGGAAACCCUCCGAACCAUGGGUAGCUCCAUUCUGGUUGGAGGUAUUUCUACCUUUUUGGGUGUCAUGCUCUUGGCCUUUAGUACGAGCGAGAUCUUCACGACUAUCUUCCGAGCUUUCAUUGGGCUCGUGGCGUUGGGAAUUGGUUACGGGCUUAUCCUGUUGCCAGUUGUCCUGUCCAUCGUUGGCCCCGAAGAUGAAGAGGACUACAAAAAGAUGCCGAACACGAGCAGCACGGAUGACUCUCCCAUCCGUGCCGUUGACGCAUUCCCCGCUGACGAGGACCGUGGAAUCUCACUGCUGCUGGAGGACAUUGAAGAUGAGAUCUCCGUAUAGUUACACCCGCACCAGGGAUCAUCAUGACGGGUUGUAUCUGUGACAAGAUAUCAUUAAAGAUAUUAUGUAGUUGUACUCUUAUGCUAUCUUGAAAGCAUGCAGCUUCCCUUUUGACACGACACCCUUGGCGAGAUCGCCAACGCCUUGGAUCGAUGAAUUUGUUCUAUUCUAUUAGGCCAGCUGUCGGCAUCAAAUGCCAUGUCUGGUAUUCUUUGAAGUCUUGCAAUGUCCAGACAAUUUCUCGAAGCAUAGUGAGUUCCGUGAGGGCAAAACUAUCUUGUCCGCCAUGAUGCAGCUUUUUAACAACCUUUGGCAGCACCUGUUUAUUGUAGAAUUUUAUCAGCUCAGCCACAGCCUGUUUUUGUGCGGAUGUCAAAGGGGACGGUAGAGCUAGAACACGGCCCACGGUGGUGUGAAUAAGGUUCUUUGGUCUUGAAGUUAAUCGGUCCUCUCCAAUAACUGAAAUGGCAAUUUGGGAGCAGGCCACGCGAAUUGCUUGGAAGGUGGCACUGUCACCGGCAUGGGUCGCGAAAAAGGGGUCAGUAUCAUCAAUGAAUCCAGCAAUCAUGGCCCCGGUGUCUGUAAGUAAAAGUGAGUCCAGCUUGAGUUUGGGAGGAGCGUGGCGGGGUGAGCUACUUUCAAGGAAGUAGGAUGACAGGCUUUGUCGAAUUCGUUCUGCCUCGUUCUCUUGUACGAGGCUACACCGUUUCUUGUCUUGCUCGUUCCAAAAGAGAGAAGGGUGUUCCUGGAAGACCGCAACCGUGAUAUGAUGGGUCCCCAGGGGUACUCUCCAAAUGUUUUGCUCCAGUAGCUCUUUCACCAUGUCAGCAGCGCCGGUAGCUAGAAUCUCUUGCAGAUCCCUGACAAAGGCCUCAAAGACGUCAACACUUUCCCUUAUAAUUGGCCCAGAUCCCGCAUUGCGACCACCCGUAGCAUCCAACAAGGCGGCCACUGCUAAGGGUCCGUCUCCCUUGGGAAAGGACGGUAGAACGUAGCUGAACCGGUGGGCCCGCUGGUGAUCAGGUGAGUCUCCACUGGCAGGGUUGAUAUCUGUAGCAAACAAGCGAUUGGCAUCCGUAGAGUCAGGCCACUCUUGGUUGCCUGCUCGUUCUACUGCUUUGUUUCCUAUUGACUUGUAGACUUGGGAAAGCGAAUUUGAUGUUGGAGGUGGCUUGGGUGGAGGCUGGUUGGACAUGUGCAAAGACAGCGCAUUGGCAGUCAUUGCGUGGUUUCCCGCAGUAGCAAAGAGGCCCAGCCAAACCAGUCGCAUUGCAGCGAUCAAGGCAGCGAAACCAAAUCCAAUCACAACCAGUCGGUUUCGUCUUGCCACACGCAAUAUAUAUGAUACUAGCUGCUUAUCAGGAGGCCGUCUCUCGGUUGCUCUCUUUCUGCCGCCCAAGUACAUACAGCUGCCGCGCCACAACAACACCCAACAAGUUUAACAGACAGAGUGACGGGAAGUUGUGCCUUUGGUAGAUUCCAGAGUUUGAAUCCAUUAGGGAUCAGGAUAAGACUUUCUUCAGCUCGAGCAUUGCCCCGAUCGAGACGAGACAUGAUCUACCCUCAUCCGCACAAGGUCAGAGCCGACUACUAGUACAUUAACGGGAUAUCACCCUGAAAUCGUUCCUUAGUGUACAUUAACGGGAUAUCACCCUGAAAUCGUUCCUUUUAGUGUACAUGUAUGUGCCUUGGAGGAAUUCGAAGUGGCAUUAAAAGAACUUGCACCACCAACAUGCAUCUGCUGUUUCAUUCCGAAUGGCUUCCAAUGUCUCGUUUCCAAUCGCACAAGCAUAGCGAUCAUGGGGUCCAUACCAAUUUGUUACAUUGUCACAAUAAAUCUGUCCUCUUUUGUGGAGUUCACCAUAUGAUAUGUUAAUUCCUGUUGUUUGGGUCAGACCAUGUUCCUCUUCAUCUGCAACGAUAAUCACAUCCGUAGCAUUUGUUGUGGUGAGGUUGCCUUCAACAAGCAACGAUUGAACUCCGUUUCCAGCUCGAUUUGCGCAGGGCAGUCGUACAGUAUUUUUGAAGCUGGAAGUUGCAAUGACAUAUCCAUACAAUACUGGACCCGUCACGGCAAGGUCCUGUUGGGUGGUCGUGGGCAGUCCAAGACUUCUGGUUUCAACAUUGUGAAGGAUUGCCUGUAUGAUUUCAAGGAUUACAGGAGAUCCUCUCUUGGCACUGAGCACGGCAUUCCAAGUGGACCGAAAGUCAGUAAAGUUGUCGCGUCUGUCCUCCUUGGGUAGUUGAAAUGUAUCAUCCGCAAAGUCAAAGCAAGUGGAUAGGGUCUCGUUGUCAGCGAGACUGGCCCAUCUCUCCAAGGGCUGUGUGAGGACAAGCUCGUUGUCAAGAUAGAUGCCGCCAUAUUUCCAUAAUACCAGUGCUCUCCAUAAGUCCGCCUUGAAUGCCUACAAGAAGAGAAAGGACAGAGUGUGAAUUUCUUCCACUUUCCUUUUUCAUUGGACAUUGGAUGAUCAACACUUUACUAGUACUUAAUUGCUUGCACUUACCCAUGGCCUCAGCAGUGACCAUGCUUCAAACACUCCACUGAUAUUAUGUGUCUGUUUAAGUUCCAGUCCAAUCUCAUAGACAGAUCUUGCAGAUUCA